AUGGCACUCCGCAGCGAGGACACUAGGGAGUUGCUCCAAGCCCACAUCGAGCUGUGGAACCAGACCUACAGCUUUAUGAAGUCUGUGGCGCUCGCCGUUGCUUUGGACCUCCGCAUCGCCGAUGCCAUCCACCGCCACGGUGGCGCCGCCACCCUCUCCCAAAUACUAGGAGAGAUUGGUGUCCGCCCAUGUAAGCUUCCCGGCCUCCGUCGCCUAAUGCGCGUUCUCACCGUCUCAGGAACCUUCACCAUCGUCCAACCAUCAGCGGAAACCGCGUCAUCAGAGUCGGACAGGCGUGAGCCUGUCUAUAAGCUGACAACAGCGUCCUGCCUCCUCGUCAUCAGCAACGAUGGCGGCGAGAGCUCGGCCACGGCGAGCUUGUCUCCUAUGCUGAACCACGUGCUUAGCCCCUUACGUGACUCGCCGCUCAGCAUGGGGCUCACUGCGUGGUUCCGGCAUGAUGAAGAUGAACAGGCAUCUGGCCCGUGCCCAUUCACCCUGAUGUACGGCACAACCUUGUGGGAGGUGUGCAGGCGCGACGACGCAAUCAACGCAUUGUUCAACAACGCCAUGGCUGCAGACAGCCACUUCCUGAUGCAGAUUGUCUUGAGGGAGUUCGGCGAGGUCUUCCACGGGAUAGACUCACUGGUCGAUGUCGCCGGCGGGGUUGGGGGAGCCGCCAUGGCAAUUGCGGUGGCGUUUCCGAGUUUGAAGUGUACCGUGCUGGACCUCCAUCACGUUGUCGCCAAGGCUCCUUCCAGUUCUAUUGACAACGUGCAGUUUGUUGGGGGUGACAUGUUUGAGAGCAUUCCACCAGCAAAUGUUGUCUUCCUCAAGUGGAUUUUGCAUGACUGGAGCGAUGACAAGUGUAUCAAGAUAUUAAAGAAUUGCAAGCAAGCUAUCCCUUCUAGAGAUGCAGGAGGAAAGAUAAUAAUCAUUGAUAUUGUGGUUGGGUCUGAGCCAUCAGACACCAAGCUUCUGGAGACACAAGUAAUCUAUGAUCUCCAUCUCAUGAAAAUUGGUGGGGUUGAACGAGAUGAGCAAGAGUGGAAGAAAAUAUUCCUUGAGGCUGGAUUUAAGGACUACAACAUUAUGCCGGUUUUGGGCCUGCGAUCCAUCAUUGAGCUGUAUCCAUGA